AUGCCGGCGUCGGGUCUCCCACUGGGCUUCCAUGGCACUGUCGUCCACUCGCGCAGUCUCGACGAGCUCGAGAUUCUGCUGGACUGUUUCGUGCUCGUCGAUAAAUCGGGCACCAUCCAGACCCUCCAGGCCGACACACAUCCAGACCGCAUCAAUGCCAUCGUGGCGGAGCAUGGCUAUGCCCCCGAUGUCUUCCCCGUAAAGUACCUGCGCCGCGGCGAGUUCCUGUGUCCAGGUGAAAUGUCCUUUAUCGAUCUGUCUAGCAAUGAUUUCAAGCUAAUCUGGAUCUCUUCGUAG